AGCGCUCCUGGCUCCUCUUCCGGGCGGGCGGCGCGGCGGCGGCAGCGGCCAAAAUGAAGUUCAACCCCUUUGUGACCUCGGACCGUAGCAAGAACCGCAAAAGGCAUUUCAAUGCCCCCUCCCACAUCCGCAGGAAAAUCAUGUCCUCGCCCCUGUCGAAGGAGCUGCGGCAGAAGUACAACGUGCGCUCCAUGCCCAUCCGCAAGGACGACGAGGUCCAGGUGGUCCGAGGACACUACAAGGGGCAGCAGAUCGGGAAGGUGGUGCAGGUGUACAGGAAGAAGUACGUGAUCUACAUCGAGCGUGUGCAGCGGGAGAAGGCCAACGGCACCACCGUGCACGUGGGCAUCCACCCCAGCAAGGUGGUGAUCACCAGGCUAAAGCUGGACAAGGACCGCAAGAAGAUCCUGGAGCGUAAAGCCAAGUCCCGCCAGGUUGGCAAGGAGAAGGGCAAGUACAAGGAGGAGACAAUCGAGAAGAUGCAAGAAUAGAUGGUUUCCUCAUUGACACCAUUAAAAACUGCGAAAACUCAA